AUGCCAUUGGACCGAAUCGUUGCCGCCGCUACAUUCACUAAACUAGGGGCAAGAGUAAGCGGUGGUUACAAGAGCAAAUUCUGGCUUCCUGAUGGGUCAUCCAACGAGAACCCUUUCCAACAAUCUUUAUCCUCACGCUCAUAUACAUUUGGCGGUGGAAUUCGCACAUCGAUUUACUAUGGAUAUAAAGCUGAGGGAAACGCGUACUCAAAAUCCCACUCUUCUUCCAAAGACACGUUAAACUCUGCCAAGCCGGAAUCAUCAUCACAAAACUCAUACCAAUCACAACGAUCCACCCCUGAGGCGGAGGCGUCGGUCGGGAGUGAUGGUAAUGGAAGGACUACAGCUAAAGUCGUCUUUAACACAGAAGCUUUGAACCUGGGUGGCUCGGGAGCAUGGACGGUAUGUAAUUCAAUCACAAUUGCUCCCCAGAUUGGUAUGAUCAUGAGUUCAGAUAGUCCAGCCUUCACAGUGGGUGCGGCGAUUACUGCCACCACUCCUGCGGGCAUGGCUAUCGUUUGCGGGGUUCGCAGCAGCAUCUAG